AAUAGUAUUAUGAAAUAAUAGUUUCAAUUUUUUAAAAUUAAAAAUAUAUAAUGACACAGAAUUAUGAUGGAGAGAAUAAUCAAGCUUUUGUUGGAAAAGAUAAUGUAACAAUUAAUGGAUUUUGUUACCUAACUGCAAAGGAAGAUUUUAAUGAUGCUGAUAAAAAUUAUAUUCACCCUAUUUUAAAUAAUAAUAUUAAUCAUGUUAUCACAGAAAUUGAACUAGUUAUACCUAAUUUAUUGAAACACAAUGAUAUGCCCAUUUACUCUUUACUUUCUUCAAAUACUUCUUAUAUUGAAAUGAUAAAAGAAUCUCAAUCCUCACCUGAACAACCCAUGUCCCCAUCCAAUCUCUCCUUUCCUUCUUUUAGUUCUUCGCCAGAUAAUAAUAAUAUCCCUACCAAGCAACAAUCAAAUUUUUCUUCUAAUUCUAAAAUAUGCACAGAUUUUGCUACUCUUUUUGAUGAUUUACUUUAUUUAGGAAGUGUAUCAAUUGAUGAACCAAAAGAAAGAUCAGAAAUUAUUGAAUGCAUGAAAUUAUUUGAUAACCCUAUUGGUAUCAAUUUUCCAAUGCCUCUCAAAAUUUGCAUGGCUGUUCCAGAUUCUUGUAGAUAUUCAAUUAUCCUAUACGAGCGCGGGACACGGAACGAGAUAUCCCGCUUCAAAGUUAGUCGCAUUAUGUUUUGCGCCCGCGGAGAAGAAGGUACGUCUCAACAAAAUAAUUUCGCCUUUACAUGUAGUCAAUCGAACACUGAAGGAGAAGAUUUCUUCAAAUGCCACAUUUUCAAAUGCUUGGGGGAAUCUCCAGAGGGGACAGGGGAUAUCUUACUAGCCUUCGCCAAGGCUUUUCGUAAACCGGAAGAUUCAAACCGUUACUUAUUUCCAAUAGAACCGGACAAUAAUGACUCAUCUUCUCCAUCUUUUAUUGAACCAAUAAUCACGAGGGCUAUUAGCGUUUCGUUAGAAAUAAAAGAAGAGGUAAACAAAGACCAUUUUUCCAUCUGCCCCUUAGACAACGAUAUUUUUAAACUGCGGCAAAGUUUGGAAAAGCGUUUUAAUCUAACCGUUCGUUCCUUCCCUCCGGAUCUGGUGGAAUCUUUCGACAGCUACAGUAGUGGCAAUCACAACAUUAAUAAUAUCAGCACGGCAGUCCUUUCCCAGCGUAACUCAACUCAACUCGCAGCUAUUCCGAAUUCACUUUUCCCUGGCCUCGUUGUGGAGAGAUGCUUUGGCAUACAUAUAACUCCCGGCUCCGAUUUUAAUCAGAACAAAUUGCAUUUAUUGGAUAUUGUAUCCAUGAACCACGCUCACGAUAACCAAUACAUUUAUAAUAUUAGCGUGCUAUGGGACCCCAAAGAAUACAAAGCCCAGGACUUUAUCCAAUAUAAUUCUAAUAAAGAUCAAGCAAACCUAACAUUUAUUCUCGGGUUAGACCUGAUAUUUUCUGGCAUUCAAGAACCCAUUCGUCUACUUUUGAAUGUGAGGGGAAAAUUGUAUCCUGACUCGGAAAAAUUUUGGUACUACUUAACCAAACAGCGACACUUGCGGGAAACCUAUUAUGUAGAAUUAAAACGGGACGAAGAAAAAUUAAACAGCGAAUUGCACGUGUGCACCGUCAAAAGCCACUCUCAAAUAACGCGCAAUUAUGCAAAUGAUCCCGUCAACAUUUCACAAAAUAUUUCUGCCACCCAAACUUUGAAUUAUGCGGGUUCAAACGGGAACCUACAUUUUAACACUCUGAACAACUUUUUAAGCCAAAACGGAAAUACUCUGCUCGCUUCUAUACCGAAUUCCUGGAAACCGCUUCUCAUAAAUAAUAAAUUCCAAUUCCGUAAGACCCCAUCUACGCCGGAAGAAGAUAAUGAUAUUAAAUCUGAUAACGACGAGCCUUUGCUAAGCGGAACGGGGGAGAUCAAGAAAGAUUGCGAAUUUUCUGAACUCGAAACCUGGGCCGAAAUUCUAACCGAAUGGAGAGCCAACGUCGACAAAAGACCUAAAAAAAUUCCUCGAUUGUGUCAAAAAGGAAUACCUGAUGCCUUGAGAGGUGAAGUGUGGCAACUUUUAGCCAAAACACAUGAGGAUCAAGACAAAAUGGAUUCAUACAAAGAUUUACUAACAAAAGAAAGCGUAUAUGAAAAAGUAAUUGCUAGUGAUAUAAAUAGAACUUUUCCCGCCCACGAGUAUUUUAAACGCCCAAAUCAAACAACUACACCCAUUAUAACGAGAGUUAAUAAUAUACCUCAAUUUCCUGCAACCAAUAAGAAUAAAAUUCAAGAAGAAUCCGACGUUAAUCUUGAAAAUAUCGGAAAUAGAUUAUGUGACGGUGAAAAUGAAACUACUCAAAAUCGGGAGAAUUUAUGUUCUGCUGGAAAACGAUUAAAUGAUUGCUUAGGUGGCGAUAUGAGACCUGAUAUAGCUGAUUCCACGAUGGUAGCUGAUAAGGAUAUCAAUGAUACUCACCAAAUUUCGCCCAUUUGUGACAAUGUACCCAAGGCAGAAAUGAAUAAUAAAAUUCAAAAUUCCCAAAUUUUGGACAUAUCAAACGAAAAUAAGGAUUCAUGUGGGCAGGAAUGUUUGUACAGGCUCAUCAAAGCCUAUUCAGUUUACGAUACAGAGAUAGGCUACUGUCAGGGACUAUCCUUUCUGGCCGCAUCACUACUUUUGCAUAUGCCAGAAGAACAGGCCUUUUGUUUGCUCGUCAAAAUAAUGUACGAAUACGAUUUGCGGAAUCUGUUUAAACAGGGGUUUCAAGUACUUCAACUCAAAUUUUACCAACUGGAACGCAUUUUACAGGAAAAUUUGCCUGCCUUAUAUUCUCACUUUAACGAGAUCGGCAUAGAGGUUCACAUGUUUGCCUCCCAAUGGUUUUUGACGAUUUUUACGGCCAAAUUCCCGCUCAACAUAGUCUUCAAUAUAUUGGACGUUUUCUUGUGCCAGGGCAUGAAUACUAUAUUUUGCGUGUCUUUAGCCCUUUUAAAGAUGUCGGAAAAAGAGUUGCUCAAUUUAGACUUCGAAGAAGUUUUGAAAUUUUUUCGCGUUAAUUUACCCAAAAAAUUUAGAAACCAAGCUUCCGCUCAUAAGAUGAUGGAUAUCGCCAGCUUUAUAAAAAUUAGCAAUAAAAAACUCAAGAAAUACGAAAAGGAAUACCUCGAAAUGAAAGAGAAGGAAAUGUUUGAAAAAGAUCCCGUCGAAAUAUUAAAAAAAGAGAACUCAAAAUUGAAGGAGGCCUACAUGCGACUGGAAAGGGAAAAUGAUCAUUUAGCGCAAGAAUUAGUUUCAAGCAAAAUUAGACUUAGGACCGAUUUAGAUGCCACCGAAGAUACAGCUGAAAGUUUAAGUCUAGAACUGGAACACGCCACAAAAGCAUUAAAGGACACGGAAGAGGAUAACAAAAGAUUAUUGCAAGAAAUUCAACAAGUGAAGCAGAUGUGCCGGCGUGAAUUGCAAAAAUAUGAGACUGAAGCUCUUGAUAACGAAAAAAUAAUGGACGAUUACAAACAGAUAAAUAAUGCAAAGCGAGGGAGGAGGAAAAUAAAUGUUCAAAACAAACGGCACCACUUUAACUCAUAACUUAGGAAUAUGAUUGACUACAACAAAAAUGGAAGAAUAAAUGCUCAUAAAAAAAUUCUAAUGAUUCACAAAUUAAUUUUGGUUUGCAUCAUAUAAAAAAUUUCAGCUGAUAAAUUAUCGCUGAAUUUCAUUCGAGUGCUUUUUAUUAAAAAUUUUGAGUUUUCGCUGUUGAUAUAUAGGCGAACUAAAGAAAUAUGCCAAAGUUAAAUAAUAAAACAGUAAGUCUAUAUAUUAUGCACAUUUAUCCAUGGGUUUUUUUCCUUCUACAUUCUCUUAAAACGGGAAACUAUGAUAUUAGAACGCUCCAUUAUUUCAGCGCCCAAAUUUUAAAAGAAUAUUUUUUUAAAUACACUAAUCAUAUAAAAAUUGAUCACAAAAACCAUUUCUUGUCAUAUCAUAAUAUUAUAUAAUUUUUUAGGAAUUAAUAAAUUAUAUAAGUUUAUAAUCAUAUCAAUGAUGUUUGAUGUAUUUCAUUAAUAUUUAUUCUUUUUUAAAAAAUAAUUUUUACUGAGAUAUUUAAAUGUCACACAAAUAUAAAAUGCAUAUAAACUUCCGGAUUUUGAUAAGGCAUCCCACUCUUAGCGUUUAGAUUGUGCUUUUUUUGCCUUUGAGAAAUCUUAUAUUAGGGGUAUAUAUAUAUUAUAUAAUUUUUUUUUUUUAAACUUUACAAAAAAUUUCGAUCUGGAUGAAAAUAAAUACUAUAAUUUGUCUUCACAUAUUCUACUAUAAAUAUAAUAAUGGAAAGCAAGUUUUUUUUAAAAAAAACAACAAAUGUCACAUUAUAUUUUCUAUUGCCUUCUUUUAAAAAAAUAUAUCACAAAUUGGUAAAUAUUUAUAAUCGUUUUUUUUAUAUUAAUUUAAAAAAUUAUUUUAAGUUAUCCGACAAGAUAUUUCUUAUUUAAUAUAUAAUCUAAAAUUAUAAAUUUUAUCAACCCUUUUAAAAUUGGUCACAUCAUAAAAGUAUCCUUACAAUUUUAUACAUUCAUAUUUAUUUAUAUAAGAAAAUUAUUUAUUAUAAACUUUAUAAUAUUUUAUUUAAAAUAUUAUCG